AUGGAACCAAAGCACCGAAAUCUUCUCCGAGCGCAGAGGCUGCAUCUCUGUGAUCAGCUCGUUGUGGAUGAUACGAUAGUUCAGUACUUAUAUCAAGAGGACAUUUUAACCGACAGUCAAGUGGAGGAAAUUCUGUCACAGAGGUCUAACAAAGACAAGACGUUAAAGCUGCUUAGUAUUCUUCCAGACCGCGGCCCCAAUGCUUUUAAUGUAUUUGUACAGUCCCUCGAAGAUGGCUUUCUCUGGAUUAAAGAGGAACUGCUUCGUUUAACUGAUUACAAUAAUGAUGAUGAUGGAAGACGGACAGAGCAGUCCGAAAUCACCGCUCAGUGGGCUGUUCCUAAACAUAUCCUCCAAAUGGUUCCCUCUGAUCAACAGUUGAAUCAGCUGGCAGCUCGGCUCGGCUCGGAGUGGGAGAUGGUGCUGCUAGAUUUAGGCUUGUCUUCAGUAGAGAUCUCCCACUGCCGUGCAGAUCAUCCAAACAACAAUCACUGUCAGGUGUUGGCAGCCCUGGUGACGUGGAAGCAGACUCAGGGUCGGAGAGCCACAGUGCAGCGUCUACUCCAGAGCCUACAGAAUUCAGAAAUUCAUCUUUCUUCCCUCAUCCAAGUGUUUGCCAAAAGCUACUAGGAGAAUGUGGAAACUAGAACUGCCACAAAAAAACACAUACACACACUAAUGCUGUACAUCAGGGGUCCCCAACCACCAGGCCGGGGGCCGGUACUGGGCUGUCGAUCAUUUGGUACCGGGCCGCAAAGAAACAGUAAACUUAAAAUGAUAUAUUUAUAUAACUCACUCCCGCUGUUGACACAGUCGUGGGUUUUCCAUACAUCAGUAAUGCCUAGUUCAUACUGCACAAUUUUAGCCCUGAUUUUUGUGAAAUUGCCGACAAAUGACCGAAAUCGUAGGCAAAUUGGAGCUUAUGCACAUGAGUGACAAUCGCGCAGCGUGAAUUAUAGAGCACAAUUUCAGCAAGCGUGGCUUUGGUUAGAGCACAAUAUUAUAGUUUAAUAGAGUUUAUAGGUUUUUUUUUUUUUUUUUUAAAUGUCUUAAAUAUAGUUAUAUCAGAAUAAAUGAGCUUUACAAUUACAUCAAACAGAAAUAAAGCAGAAAAGCAGCACAUUGCAUAAUUAUUCAUUAAUCAAUUAUGCAGAACGCACAAUCCUUGUUCCCUGCACAGACCAUUUGGAUUGCAAACUUUUGGCGGGGUACCAUUUCCAGUCUCACACGAGAACUCUGAUCUCAUGUGUGAUCUUGCGUUUUCAUUUCUCUCAGAUGUUUGGUUGUGAAACGCAGUUUGCGGACCAGACAGAGUUGUCGGUGAUUCUUCCUAUUAUGAAGUCAUGCAGUGUGUGACCUCCUGUCACCAGUCCAUAGUGCAAUGUGAACACACCAGCAACUGAAUGCUACCCCAGAUAGUUGUGCAGUGUGAAAACAACGGUGAUCCGAACACUUUGUGCAGUGAGACUCGGCAUAAUUCCCGCAAGCUAACCCAUGCUAAAAUAGGAGAAAUUCUCUGGCCUAUGGUACAAAAAAGGUUGGGGAACCCUGCUGUACAUUUCAUACAGAUCAGUCUUGAAGAAAGCAAAAUCUUGCUAUUUUGAUAAUCGUGAAUUAAAUCAUACUGUCCAUGUUUUGUAGGAUCAUAAAACUCCAGACAUUUUGGAUGUCUUUAUAUGAUUAUUAUUUGCUGGCAGCAGUUCCCCAUUUCACUGUAGUAUAACCAUAACUCUAAAAAACUGCUAAUGGUCAUCUAAUACUCAAUGCAAUGAGGCCUUUGGUCUAACUUGAACAUGAGAGAAUUACAGAAAAAAGUAAACACAAGGUGUUCAAUAUGGAUAUAUGUUGAAAAGGAGAUGAUAAGAGCAUAACUGACUUAUAAUAACAGAAAAAAACAUCCAUCUGGUGGAGAGGACAUCUGCCCUUAGAGGAAAACAUGCUUCCCAACAAAAUCACACUAAACUGCAAAAAAAAAAAGAGUAAAUUUGAAUGAAUUUUCUAAAGUCCUUAGCUAGUUGCAAAUGUUUUUUGUUCCAGUGUGAUUUCCAGCAUUCCAGAAAGAAUAGCCUUUACCUGAAUAUAUUCUGUAUAUGCCUAACUUCCUGUCCAGAAUUCAUCACUUUUUGUAUGGCUACAUGAAGGGAUACCAGUUAAAUAGCCAAUAUUUAAUGGGUUAUUUUUAUUUUAUUUUUAUUGUUGUUGGUGUUCUAACUGGAUUCCUUCUAAAGAUAGGAACACUGGAGGAAGAACCCACUUUCCUGUGUCACCCAGAUCCCAACUGAUUUUUAUUCAAAAUUUUUAUAUUUCUGUAAAGCUGCUUUGCAACAGUGUCCAUUGUUAUAAGCACUAUGAAAUCAAAUUGAACAGAA